AGCCCCAUCAAAGGGUUUAAAGUAAACAGCUGAAGACCAGGGAAAAAAAAAAAAACACACACAUACACACACACACACUAGUCCUCCUUUUCUUCACUACAGAAAUGGAGUGCAGCAGCACAACCACUACCACUACAACCAUGUGUGCCGCGUCUCAGAAUCAACCUCUGUCGCCUUCAUCAUCUCCUUCAUUGUCUCCGAGGGCUGGAUCUCCCAAAAAUGGUCCGCCAUCUCCUCCACCAGUCAUUCUUAGCCCUUGUGCCGCAUGCAAAAUCCUCCGCCGCAGAUGCGCAGAGAAAUGUGUAUUGGCUCCAUACUUUCCGCCAACUGAGCCCUUAAAGUUCACCAUUGCACAUAAAGUAUUUGGAGCUAGCAACAUUAUCAAGAUGUUGCAGGAACUCCCAGAGGACCAAAGAGCAGAUGCUGUGAACAGCAUGGUUUACGAAGCGAAUUCGAGGAUUAGAGAUCCAGUUUAUGGCUGUGCAGGGGCAAUUUGUCAGCUGCAGAAGCAAAUUAGUGAGCUCCAAGCAGAACUUGCCAAGGCACAGGCUGAGAUGUUGAACUUUCAAUGCCAAAAUGACAAUCUCAAGUCCUUAAUCUGCAUGGGAAUGGCAGCACAAGAUGAUCAAGAAAUCAAGUCCGAACAGCAUCUAAGCUGUGAUAAUACAAGCUUAUUUCUUGAUGAUGCAAAUAUAUAUGCUGCUUGGGAACCACUCUGGACAUAAGCAAGCCGAUCCAGGGCAAGGAUAUUUAACUAGUUUGGAGAAGUCGAGUAAACAAGGAUCUGCAAGUGUGGACACAAAAGCGACUGCAUGCAGUGACCUAUACUAAUAAAAAUUUAAACAAUUUCAAAUUGGAUUAAUGUAUUUUUCGAGUUAUUAUAUGAAGAGUAGAUCUUUUAACAAUACAGACGUAUUUUUAUGAUAUUUUAUGUCCAACUUGUCCCAAGAGGAAGAAGGAGU